UGACUGAUGAUUUUUGAGCCAGCCUUAAGACAACUUUCAGUCGAUUUGCAAUGCUUACAUAGUGAAUAUCUUAACUUCAUGGAUGUUGAUAAAUACAUCAGAGUGGAAUGGUAGACCCAUCAAAUAAUUAUGGCACAGCCAAUGAUUUACCUCCUGAAAUACUGUUGCGUGUUUUUAACUAUCUCAGUACUUCUGAUUUAAUCAGUUGUAUAUCUGUAUGUACUAAUUGGAGACAAGUAGCACUUGAUAAUUAUUUGUGGCAGAAGAAAUUAGUACUCAUUUUAAGGACUCGGUGGUCAACUCUUAUCUGUGAUUCCAAACCCAGUCAUGCUUUGGAUUUACAACGAUUACAAACAAUUCACCCAUACAAAGUAUAUCAUUUCCUGAAAAAUUUUGUUCCUCAACAUUUAUUAACUGACCAGAAAGAAGCUUCAAAAAUUCAACUGUUUAUUACCAAACUGAAUGGGUUGAGUAUUUCACCAAAUCUCUCUGAAGAUCAUACAGGAAACAGGUUUUCAUUCAGUGAAUUAUUCUGGAAUUGGUUUAAUAGCCUAAAACGCAGAUUUUCUAUCAAGCAUACUUCACGUAUCAAUGAUACAGUGCGUAAGCGUUGUCGAUUUGCUAUAUUUGGGCCUGGUUUUGAUCAGAGAGCAACAAGUUGCCUAUUUAGUAAACUAGUUGAUGUUAAAACAAAAUCAUUUGAACCAUUAAAUAUGAUUCCUGGUAGAAUGGGAUUUGGAGCUGGACUAACACUUCGAUUACACAAUCAAGCUCAAAUAGCAUCAUUAGAUUCAUCUUUAUAUUAUUCAAAUAAAACUUGUGAACGGAUAAAAUAUGAUACAAGACAAUUUAUCCAAACAGAUACUUCAACAACCUGUUCAUCACGGGGAAUAAAUCAUCUUGGAGAUUUUAUAUUUGAUUUACACUAUCUUUAUUCUUUAAGUGGACAUUUAAGUCAUAAAUUUAGUAGUCAACUAGAAAGAAUCAAAGCUAGUCGUCUAUUUACACAUUCAGAUCACAUAAAUGUUUUAUCAAAUGAUUUAAUUUUAAACAAUUUAGUGGUAAGUGAUGAAAUGAGAAAUUUACUUCAUGGAAUCUGUGGAUUAAUUUAUGCAGUUGAUGCUAGAGAGACAACUGAACAAGCUUUUUAUUUGUAUACUGAAUUAAAAACUGUACUAAAAGGUUUUCCUAAUGAAAUAGCCCAUAAAAUACCAAUUGUGAUAUUAUAUAUUAUGCCAGUAGAAGAAAUUUUACAAGAUACUAAUGAAAAUGAUAUUAAUUUAACUCAUAUUAAAGAGUCUAAAAAUGAGGUUUACUUAAAUCGUGAUAGUUACAGUGGAGCUGAUUAUACAUUCUCAUGGUGUGGUUCUUUAUUACAACCUUUAACGUGUUUACAUUUAUUUGAAUUUCAAAAUCCAUGGCGUUUACAAAAGUGUGCAAGUAAUGAUAUUAAAGCAGUGAUACAAAGUUUUAUGUGGUUACGCUCUAGACAUCCGAAUAUAAAGGAUACAACAAUGUAACCAUUCCUUUUGAUGUGAUAUGUGCAAAUUCAACGUAUUGAUUUAUUGCCUACUUGUCAAAUACUAGUGACCAAAUUUUUAUUAUUAUUAUUUUAAUCUUUUGUUUUUAUAACUAUUACACAUAUAAAGAAGUAAAGCAAUGAGAUGAUGUAUUUAUCUACACCAAUAGUCUUUCAUGUAGAUAUCGAUUUUUUUUUCAGAGAGCAAAGUGACAAAGGGAUUGAGCUGUGUUUUGUUUUUAUAUAAGCUUUCAGCAAUAAAAAGGAGAGAUAAGAAAAAACAACACAGUCCAAGGAUAUGAAUCUAUUUCUUUAUUUUUAUUUUUGUUAAUAAUUUGUGUGAAAUAAAAUCCGGUAUAAAUAUUCAUUACAUACUCGUUGAAUUUGCUUUUAAUUUAUCUUUGAAAUGUACUCAGUGAAUAAUCUAAGCAGGAAUGAAUAUUCACUAUAAUAAAGGUUUCUGUAUUUCCCAAUGAAUA